GACGGGCGGGCCGCGGCGAGCGCGCUUGGCAAAGUUUCAGCCCGGCAGCCCGACGGAGCGGGGCCGCCUCCAUGGAGCCCCACUAGCCGCCGCCGAGAGGGGAGCGGGGACCUCUUCGCUUGCCAACGGGGGGACCCUCGCCUGCCCCCCCAGCCCCGCCCCAGGAUGGACCAGCCGUCGGCCACGCAGACGCCGCACCCCCACGAGCCCAUCAGCUUCGGGAUCGACCAGAUCCUGAACACCGCCGAGCCGGAGAGCCCGUCGCAGGCCGCCCCGCGGGCCCCCCCAGACGCCGCGCCCCCCAACUCCUACCUGGGCGGCCCCGUCGGGCGGCCCGGCGCGCCCUACCCGUCGCUGCCCGGCGGGCCCUUCUUGGGCUCGCCCUUCGAGGAGGCCGGCUCGUACAGCGUCAACCUCAGCCUGGCGCCCUCGGGGGUCAUCCGCGUGCCGGCCCACCGGCCCAUCCCCGGCGCCGUGCCGCCCCCCCUCGCCAGCGCCCUCCCCGCCAUGCCCGGCCUGGGCGGCCUCAACUUCCCCUGGAUGGAGAGCAGCCGCCGCUUCGUCAAGGACCGCUUCACAGCGGCGGCGGCGCUGACGCCCUUCACGGUGACGCGGCGGAUCGGGCACCCCUACCAGAACCGCACGCCCCCCAAGCGCAAGAAGCCGCGCACCUCCUUCUCCCGGGUGCAGAUCUGCGAGCUGGAGAAGCGCUUCCACCGCCAGAAGUACCUGGCCUCCGCCGAGAGGGCCGCGCUCGCCAAGUCGCUCAAGAUGACCGACGCCCAAGUGAAGACCUGGUUCCAGAACCGGCGGACCAAGUGGCGGAGACAGACGGCGGAGGAGCGGGAAGCCGAGCGGCAGCAGGCCGGCCGGCUGAUGUUGCAGCUGCAGCACGACGCCUUCCAGAAGUCGCUCAACGACUCCAUCCAGCCGGACCCGCUGUGCCUGCACAACUCGUCCCUCUUCGCCCUGCAGAACCUGCAGCCCUGGGAGGAGGAGGCCGCCAAGAUCCCGCCCGUCACCUCCCUGGUGUGAAGAGCCGCCUGGCCCGGCCAGCCUCUCGCCCUCCUCCGCCGCCGCCGCCGGGCCCUGCAUGAACCCACACGGCCGGGGCCGGAACUGAACGCAGACGCACGCAGGGGGGCGGCCCGCGCCUCUCUCUCCGCUUGGCCGCCGGCCCGCAGCGGGAGGGCACGGGGCGGUCCCACUGCUGCCACCGUGUGGCUGCCGCCUCUCCGGGGCCGCCGGACUAGUCGGACUCGGGGGCGUGGCCCCAGGAAGCCCCGCGCUCUCUUCGCCCCCUCCGCAAGGAAGCCACCUGGAACUUCUGCUGGAGGGGCUGGCUGCACCUCCCCCCCCCCGGCCGGGAGGCUGAUGGGGGCUUUCCAGACUAGGCACCUCCUCCUUCCCCCCCAGGUGGCCUGCUGUGGUUCGGGGAAUCUGCAGGUGGAGGUUGGGAUGGGGAGGAAGCCAAAUAGGAUGGAAUAACCCCACGGAUUCCACUUGCCCAGACAGCCGCUUUCUCCAGGGGGGAUCGAUCCCUCUCCUCUGGAGACCAGUUGUAAUCCAGGCCCCACCUGGAGGUUGGCACCCUGCCCCCACCUCCCUAGGACAGGGGGGGAAACGCGAACUUUGGAGUCAGGGAGAAAGAAACCCCCGCCUCCUCUGCCCCACACAUCCCCUUCCACUGUCCCUUUGAUAGGGUUGGAUCCUUCCCCCCAGGGUUGGGGUGGGCAGGGAAGAAGAAGACGGAAGACCCCCCCCCAGUCUUGCGGGGAUAGGGGUCGCUGGCUGCUCAGGAGGGGCCGGAUCCACUCGCUGAGGCCGCGGGUUCGCCUCACAUGGGGGGCGGGGGAAGAGCUAACAGAGAGAGAGAAGGGAACCACUUUUUAAUGUAAGAAAUGUGAAUAAUUUAAUUUAUUUAUGCGCCGAGGUGCCCGGCGCUGUCCAUAUGGAAAGGGAAGAGGGGGGGGGGGGAGAGAGACUGCGUGGGUGCCAGGCGGAAACCGGAUUCUUUCUAGGGAAAGCCGAACAAAUAGUUCAGUUUUGGCUGGGGGGGGGGGGGGCAGGUCUGCCUUUUUGGGGCUCUGAAUGUCCGAACCCCCCCCCCCCAUGAGAAACCAUUCAGUUAAAGAAAAUGCAUUAGGGAUGUCAUCCUAGCUACGCUUUCCUGGGAGUAAGCUCCCCCAAACAACCCGGGACCUACUUCUGAGUAGCACUGCUUAGGCGUGCGCCCCCUCCAGUUCCUUUGCCACGGUAGUGCCCCUUCGCUUUGGCCCCCCGCUGCCUCCCCUUCUGGCUGGGCAGGAUCAGGAUCAGGAUCGGGGUGAGGUGAGGUGGGGGGGAGAUAAAUAGCAGGCCCCCCUCCCCUCAGGAGCCCCGCUGCCUCCCCCUUCGCCCUGCGCCGGAGUCGCCAGGAAGCGCCUUUGGGUGUGGAAGACAAAGCGGAGCGCGAUCCGGAGCGUGUAUCAUAUACUUUGUACUUUGCGGGACUGUGUAAAUAAACGUUUCUUUCUCUA